AUGGUCUUAACAAGGAAUGCUCAGAAAGCCCUGGGUGAUAUCCCAAAACUAGAGAGACUGCCCCUGAGUGGAGAAGUAGGAGGAAGGGACCAAGCUCAGGCCUCAACAUCCAGCAAUAAAACCUCAGUGAAGAUCCAGAGGGGCCAAGCAAAAAUUACAAACUUUUUUACUGCAAAGGAGGGAAUUAAAGGGAACCCUAUGCCAGAUAUACACCUGCCCCUUGAUUGGUCUCUCUCCACCAGGGACAUUACCCAGGCAGUAAUUGGGGAAUACUCUUCAGUAAGUUUGGCUGCGGAAAUUGCACAGGCAGAGAACCCCCAACCAACUUACCCAACUCUCCUGGCUAGAACCAGCUCACCCAUCAAAAACACCCUAGCCCUUAAUAAAAGCAGUGGCAAAGAGACAGUUUCUGGAAUUCUGUUACAAAUGGACUCUCGUAAGGAACUAUCCUGGACACAGCCUAACAACUUGGCUGACGUUCCUAUCGAUGAACCCCCCACAACAAAGGAGAUGCAAACAGAUACAAAAAUUGGUGAACAAGGCCACCUUCAGCAACCAGAUACACCCGGACAUGGAAUAUCAAUCUCAGGCUGGUUGUACCUAAUAGCAAUGGAUAUCGAUCACAUGAAGACUUUCCUGAGGGAAUGCUCCUUGCCUCAGUUCAAGCGUAAACUACAUCUACAGGAUUUAUUAAGGAAACUCCUCUCAAUCCAGCUAACUGUUUCAGAAAUUGAACUGAUAGAGUAUCUAUACUAUGACGGCAGAAGAGCCUGCGCUGUGAUCUCUUUCACCACUCGAAGUGUGGCAAAUCGAAUACUCAACUGCAAGAUCCUUCUUGCUAAGGCUGGAAUUGCUACUUUGAGAUACUUUGAGGACAAGGCCCUCCCAGUAGCUUUAAUUCCCUCCAGCAAUCCAUGUGCUGGACCUUCGAAAGAAGAGAUGGUGGAGAAGCAGGAAAACUCUAAUAAAAUACUGGGGCCAGAAAGUGCAAGUAUGGGCCAGAGUGUUAAAGAACCAGUUAAACACAUUGGGAAUAUAGCAAAUGAGCAUCAGGGAGGUGACCAACCCUACAGUAAGCUUGAGGUUACCUUUGAUGAGGAAGAGCAAAUGCUGAUUGAUUCCUUUGGAAAGUUAUCACCUGGAGGCCAAAUUGAUAUCUUGAAAAGACUCGACCAUCUCAAGUCACAUCUGAUACACAUUUUUAAACAGAAGAAUUCCUCCCCUGACACCAAUGUAGGGGCAACGGAACCAAUCCCAAGGGUCCCUAAGAGUGUAAUGUGCAAGAUUCCGGAGGUCAAAUGCAGCAUCAGUGGCCCUCUCCCUGUUCGUCACAAGUUUUACCAGCCGGGAGAGGUUAUCAUUGCUGGCAUUAUGUCACAGAUAUACAUAUUUUGCAAUCCAAUAUUUUUUGUAAAACGUCCCUCUACUGAUCUCUUUGAUGAAACUUUGUUCAUGACUCAGAUCUACCAGCAUAUCCUAGCCUUGAUAUUUGCUGUAGAGGAGAUAAAUGAAAAUCCCCAGAUUUUACCCAACAUCACCCUGAGCUUCCAUAUCUAUAAUAGCUAUUUUAUUCCAAGAUGGACCUAUCAAGCCUCAUUGGAACUCUUCUCUACACAGGACAGAUUCAUCCCUAACUACAAAUGUGAUAGUGUCAACAAUCCAAUAGCUGUCAUCGGAGGACCUACCCCUGAUGUCUGUCUCCACAUGGCAACCAUCUUGAGCAUCUACAAGAUUCCACAGUUCAUAUAUGGCUCUGCUCCAGAGAUGAAUCAGAAACACCAGGUUGUUUCCUACCACCAGAUGUUCCCAGAUGUGCAGCAUCAGUAUAAAGGGAUUCUCCAAUUACUGCUGCAUUUCAGGUGGACCUGGAUUGGGGUGUUGUCUGUGAGUGAUGAUAACGGUGAGAGGUUUGUACUGAACGUAAUCCCCAUAUUUGCAGAGAGAGGGAUUUGCUUUGAUUUCAUAGAAAGAUUCCCAAUAAUGUCUCACUCUAAUGACAUUGCUGACACAGUGGAAAAGGGGAUGGAAACACACAAUGUUGUCUUGAGAAGCACUGCGAAUGUCGUGGUUGUUCAUGGUCAAAUCGACACUGUAAUAAUUCUGAGAAUGUUUCACAAGUUUUCACAACAUGAGAAUAUACCAAUAAAGGAAAAAGGUAAAGUUUGGAUUAUGACAUCUCAAAUGGAUUUCACAUCAGUUCCCUUCCAACGGAGUUGGGACAUAGACUUAUUCCAUGGUGCUAUAUUCUUUGCUAUUCACUCAAAGGAGGUGUUAGGAUUUCAGCGGUUUCUUCAGAUGAGAAGCCCUACUUCAGUCAAAGAAAAUGACUUUCUCAAGGCAUUCUGGGAAGUAGCAUUUGCAUGUUCUUUCCAAAAUUCCAUGAUAGAUAAUAAAGAUGGGAAAAUCUGCACUGGGGAGGAGAAGCUGGAGACUCUUCCUUCAUCUGUUCUUGAAAUGAGCAUGACUGGCCACAGCUACAGCGUCUACAAUGCAGUCUAUGCCGUGGCACAUACUUUGCAAGCCAUGCAUUCAACUAGAUUAAGGCAAAGAACAAUGGUGGAUAAAGGAACAAUGAAGUUUCUGAGUCAACAGCUGUGGAAGGCACAGCCUCUUUCCGUGUGUAAUGACAAUUGCCAUCUAGGGUUUAGGAGAGCCAAGAAGGAAAGGGAGCCUUUUUGCUGCUAUGAUUGCCUUCCUUGUCCAGAAGGCAAGAUCUCAAACCGGAAGGAUAUGGAUUAUUGUUUUCAAUGUCCAGAAGAUCAGUAUCCAAACAUUGGUCGGGAUUCAUGCAUUCCAAAAUACAUAACCUUCCUAACUUAUGAAGAACCUUUGGGAAUCACUUUGACCACUUUUGCACUUUCCUUUUGUUGCAUCACAGCUUGGGUGCUUGGCAUCUUCAUUAAACAUCAGGACACUGCCAUAGUCAAAGCCAACAACCAGAACCUCACCUACACUCUUCUCAUCACCCUCUUGCUCUCUUUCCUUUGUGUUUUACUGUUUAUUGGCCAACCUGAAAAGCUUACCUGUCAUCUUCAGCAAACUGCUUUUGGCAUCAUCUUCUCAGUGGCAGCUUCUUGUGUGUUGGCCAAAACUGUCAUUGUAGUUCUGGCGUUCAUGGCCACCAAACCUGGGAGCAGAAUGAGAAAGUGGGCAGGGAAAAGACUGUCCAUUUCCAUAGUUCUUUCCUGCUCCCUUAUUCAAGCCACUAUCUGCAUUGUGUGGCUGACAAUCUCACCCCCAUUCCCAGACUUUGACAUGCACUCAAUGACUGAAGAGAUUAUAUUGCAAUGUAAUGAAGGUUCAGCCUUCAUGUUCUACUGUGUCUUGGGCUUCAUGGGCUUUCUGGCUACUGUCAGCUUCACAGUGGCUUUCCUAGCCAGGAAGCUACCUGACAGUUUUAAUGAAGCCAAAUUUAUCACCUUCAGCAUGUUAGUCUUUUGCAGUGUUUGGAUCUCCUUUGUUCCAACCUACUUGAGCACCAGAGGGAAAUACAUGGUGGCUGUGGAGAUUUUCUGCAUCUUGGCCUCUAGUAUGGGGUUACUGGGCUGUAUAUUUUUCCCAAAAUGUUACAUUAUUAUGGUGAGGCCUGAGUUGAACAAUAAGGGGCAGCUAAGGAAAAGAAAUCAUUGA